AUGUCAGUAAUUGAAAGACUUUUAAAGGAACAUAACGAUAUAUUUCAAGAAUCCAUCGCUCACCCGUUAACCAACGAGUUAUGUCAAGGUACACUUGCAGAUUAUAAGUUAUACACCUACUUGCAUCAAGAUCUUAAAUAUUUUCAACUUGGGUUGAAUUUGUUUGGUAAAACAUUGGCUUAUUGUGAUUAUCCAACCGCCGCCAUCAGAUUGGGUAAACAGAUUGGCUUUAUUUCCUCCCAGGAAAAUGACUACUUCACAACUACACUUAAAGAAUUAACAGAAAACUCAGACUUAUCCAAAGUUAAGAAAUUGAAAGAAGAAAACUUGACCCUUUCAUCAGUGACAAAAUAUCUUGAUUUAUUAAACUACUUAACUUAUGAGUCAACUUCCUACAUUGAACUAAUUACUUUAUUGUACGUCAUGGAGAAGACAUACUUGGGUUGGGCACAAUACAACACAGAAAGAGGAAUCAAGAAAGACUUGGCUUAUAAACACCAAGAAUGGAUCAAUUUACAUUUGGAUUAUGCCUUUGAAGAAUGGGUUAAUUUCUUAGGUUCUGAAGUUGAGCGUGUUGUUAAAUCGGAAGAUGACUAUAAAGUCUGUGAAGCAAUGUUUGUUAAAACCGUUAAAUUAGAAACCGAAUUCUUUGAAUCAUGUUAUUCAUACAGCGAAUAA